AACCUGAGAGGGCCUAGCCCAGAGCUGGUCCUUCGGGCCUUCACUCUCCCGCGCCGGCGUCGUCAGCCCCCGGCUCGCCUCCCACUGCGAGCCGCCGCGCCCCAGCCAUGGCGGUCGCCGCGCGGAGGAGCUUCGCCACCCGCCUCUCCCACCACCUCACCCGCCGCCUCAACCCCUGCGUCACCCACGCCCUCACCUCCCACUCCCACGACGAUCCCCCAAGCUCGGGGCUCGCGCCGCUCCCGCUCCCGCGCACUUCUGGAGCGGCCCGUACUCUAAGCUUCCUCCCCUUCUCCCUCCACCUCGCGGGGCCGACCCGACGCAGCUUCUCCUCCGCCCCCGACCCCGCGCCACCCGCCGAUGUUGAUGCAGCGGGCGUCCUCGUUGACGCCGCGGAUGCGGUGGCUGUGUCAGUGCCGGCGCCGUUCCCGGGGGAGGUGGCCGCCGCGGCCGCCGAAUCGUUCCUCCCCGUCGCCGCCCUGCAGCACCUUAUCGACGCAGUCCAUACAUUUACUGGACUGAACUGGUGGGCGUGUAUCGCACUGACGACACUGAUGAUCCGGAGCGCGACGGUCCCGCUGCUUCUGAACCAAUUGAAGGCCACGACAAAGCUAAAUGCAAUAAAGCCAGAGAUGGAAGCCAUUAAAGAUCAGAUGAAUGCUAUGGAUCCAAAGUCAGCGAAGGAGGGGCAAGAUAAAAUGAAAGCACUAUUUCAGAAGCACGGUGUUAGUCCAUUUACUCCACUGAAAGGACUCCUGAUCCAAGGGCCAAUAUUCAUGAGCUUUUUCUUUGCUAUAUCAAACAUGGUUGAGAAAGUCCCUUCAUUGAAAGGAGGUGGAACAUUGUGGUUUACUGAUCUGACGACUCCAGAUUCUCUUUACAUCUUUCCUGUGUUAACAGGACUGACCUUCUUGGCUACAGUGGAGCUUAACUUGCAAGAAGGAAUGGAGGGAAAUUCUAUGGCCGGUAAAAUGAAGAACUUCUCUAGAGGAAUGGCUUUUAUGACAGUCCCAUUUACAAUGAAUUUUGCCAAGGCAAUUUUCUGUUACUGGAUCACGUCAAACAUGUUCUCCCUUGUAUAUGGUAUUGUUAUCAGGCGACCAGCUAUCAGGAAGCUUUUUAAUCUUCCUGCAUUGGUAGCUCAGCCUUCACCUCCAAAGAUGCCAACCUUCAAUUUGUUUGGUGGAUCCAAGGCAAUACCUGCAGCAGAGUCACCUGUAUCAAUGAGAGCCCAGCAAUCUGCUUUGGGCCAACCUGAUGCUGCUGCUCUUGGCUAUCGUGUCCAAAAUCUCGAAAAGAAAGCCAAAUCGAAAGGCAAAUCCCAGAAACGCAGGUGAAUUGUGGGCACUCGUGCGCCUUGUUGAGCAAAGUACCCUUUGGCCUUUGGGUCGGUGGAGAUUUGAUUUGUACUGAUAUGGUGCCAAGAUCAGAUUUUGCGUGGGGCUCUCUCUUCAUCACAUGUUACUGUUGUUUUUUUCUUGGGUAAAAUAGGCCAGAAUAAUUUUGACUUACGGAAUAGUUUAUACACAAAUGUAACUUCAGUAUAUUACGAUAGUUAACAUUCUUCGUCUCUCAAGGGUUGAGAUGACAGCAAACUGUUGAAGUUCAGAGACCAACUCAACCUUGUAUUAUCAUUGUGAUGUUGAUGUUGCAGAGACAACCUGAAUAAGAUAUACUAAUACAUACAUUGCACAAA